AUGGUUGGAUUCACAAUGACGAUGCGCGAAGGCGCAGAACUGGUUGGCGAGCAUGGGUAUCGGUACCUACUCGUCAAACCCCUUGGUCAAUCCAAUGUAUGGGUUGCCGUAGACGCAGCAACCCAAGAAAAGAUAUUCAUCGUCAAGCAACCAAGUGAUGAUGACGUCGGCUACGGCUGGCCACGCUUCCAGCACGAAAUGGUCAUGCAUGAGCUUCUCAAGGGUAUCCCGACCAUUCGGCAACAAGUCGACCGCAUCCCACCCGUGUCCAGGUCCGAUCCGCCACGCAUUGUUCUCGAGAUUCUGCAGUCUACAUUGUGGGAUGCACGAAGGAAGCGCCAAUUCAGCGAUGUUGAGAUCAAGGGCAUCAUGCGCUCAGCGCUUUUGGGCCUGCGGGACGUGCACCAACGAGACUUGGUAUACGCAGAUUUGAAAAUGCAAAACAUACUACUCAGCGGAUUCGAGGAACAGCCCAACGAAAGAGCAGUUGUAGAUGACAACAAGAUUACAACCAAACUGGGCGACCUGGGUAUCGUCAUGGAACCAGCAAAGGGUCUGGUUCAACCUAUCAUAUACCGAGCACCAGAAGUCUAUUUCAGAAACGAAAUCAGUCCAGCCGCAGACAUUUGGUCAUGGGGGCUGAUAUACUGUCAGCUCUUGGAAGCUCAAGCCGCCUUUAACAAGUACGGAAUAUACGACGAGCUACUAAUAGGCAAUCAAGGCCAAAAAGAAAGAUCAGUCGAGCGAGCCAUUGCCCACGACUUCGGCCUGGGAACACUAGACUACUACGACGGAUGUCGCCUUCCCUAUCGCGACACCACCCACUACGAAGGCCAGCAAUGGGACAAGAUUGUCGAAAAAGGUGUCCCAGAAAAGGAAGUCCAGUUCCUCAAAUGGGUCCUGAACCCCGUACCAACCGAUAGACCAAGCGCCCAAGACAUCCUCAACUCUGGCUGGUUCACAACCGACGACCAAGCCACCGGCCGUAUUGCCGAAACACUCAAGACCCGUGUCGAAGAAUCCCGCCGCAAGCACCUCCUGAGAAAACACAGCGAACCCUUUUUGUCAAAUAUGUCUGUUCAGCACCCUGUCAAGAACACGCAAGUUCCUCUGAAUGUUGCGGCUUCGACAACUCUACCGCCUACACCUAUGCCUCAGGCGAGUGAGCAGCCUGUUGCAUUUGAACCUGUGUCUUUCCAGCCGUUUGAGACGUCGCAGUAUUACGCUCGACCUGCGGCAAGUAGGUCUAGUACGCAAAGGCCCGCGGGGGGCACUUUUAUGAAUUAUGGCUCUUUUAUGAGAUGA